AUGAAGCCACCCAUUGAUGUCAUUAUUAUGCCAAAAAUAUCGAUAAGAAUGAUGGGGGUAGAAAAUAUGACGAUCCCAAAGGCUAUCGAUAUGGAUUGCUUGAUGUUUCCAACGACAGACAUUGUCAAUGGCGAUGUUAGCUUUGUCAGCGAGCUCGCCUUGCAGCCAGGAAAAAAGCAAACAUUGAAGAAGGCAAAAAGGGGCGAUUUUAUAGCAAAGCUCGAGAGGAUGGAAUCUAUCGUUCCCGGUCAGAAUCAAAUUGACAAAAAUACCCUUGAAGGCACCUACAAUGACGCCCAAAAAGGUCAAGAUGCAUCCGAAAUUGCUAAACUCCGAGGAUUCCUGAAAUUGGGCAACAGAGGAUAG